AAGAUCACUUUAAGUGAAAAAAAAAGUAUUUCUCAUUGCCAAACAAGGCCUUUAUUUUGGUGAGCGGUUCCCCUCCCGUACUCAUCUCUUCCAUUUCGUCCACUUCGUCUUCCUUUCCUUACGAAGUCUUCAAGAAUUUCAAAUAAUGACAAUUCCAAGUCAAACCACAAGUAGCAUCUUCCUCCUACGAGUGGGUAUGUAUGUCGAGAUGACAAUUUUCUGAAGUGUGGUGAAAUUUGAUGCCAAAAAUUCUCUCAUGGCAGGCCUAUAGGUCAAAAGAUCAUAUCCGAUCGUCUAUUCCUCAACCCAAAAAAAAACCCUAGUCUUCACAAGGUUAGAUGUAUUAGCUUUAACCUGUGUGCAGGUGUAUAAAACUGAAGCUAAUUUGGGAUAUCUUUUUUUGUUCUUUUUUUCCAAAAAUAAAUUGUUAUUUUUUCAUUCUAGCCUAGUUAAUGGGAUAAAAACUUACUGGGUCAAUUGUUUGCAAAAUUUUAUAAUCUUAUCGGGGCAUCUGAUGGUCUUCUUCUUCUUUAUCUGAUCUAAAAUUACUUGAUGUUCGGAGAGAAAGGUCAUUGUGAUUGAGAAGAGUAGAAGACAGAUAGUUAUUGACGGGUUAACUUUUUGUGUUUAACAAAUAAAACUGAAUCUUCAAUUUUUAAAGAGGGAAUGGUGUAACAAAUUUAGUAGGCAGAUGGGGAAAUGGAGCCUGGAGGUAUUAACCGUGGUUAAAAUGUUGUGGUGUAGCAAAACAAAUCUGAAUCAUUAAUUUGCUAAGUGAACACGUGUAAUAUAUUAGGUGAGCAACUGGACGGAAUGGAGGAGAUGAGUAAUGGAGGUGAGCCGAGUCCCACUACUACUGCCAUCUGAAAUUUCUCCAUGCCUAGCCCUAAUUUGGCGGGAAAGCCAAUUACAGAAAGCUUACCAAUUCCCUUCAUUGCUUAUUUUUGGCGCAUUACAGUAACCAUAACCGCAUCAUGGCUUCUUCCAGCGGCGGCGAGGAUGGCUUGAAUAGCAUAAAUCCUCCAUCAUCGAAGAGUCAGAAAGUGAGUGUCGCCGGAGAUGAAGAACACCUAGACCGUAUCAGUCACUGUUAGUUCAAAUUCUCUCUCUUUUGCCGACGAAGGAUGCAUUCACAACUUGCUUCCUUUCUAAAAUACAACUUUGUUUUCACUCGCAGGAAACAGCAACCAGAUGAAUUUGUAUUUUCCAGUGUGUGGAAUGAGAAUCGUACUAGGAUUUUAACUCCAAGAAUUUCAGACUUCGUGUCCUUUGUUGAAAAUGUAUUAAAUCAUUCCAUUUCUUCCAAAAUUAAAAAAUUUGAACUCGACGGCAGACAACUGUUUUCAUACUUACCCCAGAUUAGGCAGUGGCUUAGUUUUGCUGUUGAAAGGGAAGUGGAAGAUGUUGUGUUUUUGUCCUAUGAUUUUUCAUAUGUUAGCGUAUUGCCUGAAUCUUUCCGCACCUGUUCUUCGUUGAUGACAUUGCAUUUGAGAUGUCAUCGCUUUGAUGAUCCCGGUCAUAGCGUGGAAGUCUCUAAAGAGCCUAAAGCUGGAGUGUGUGACUUAAACGAUGAUCAAAUUUUGAACUUACUAUCUGGCUGUCCUUCAUUGGAAACUAUGGAGUUAUAUGAUGUUGGGGGUUUUCGUCGUCUGGAGACUAAUUCUUUAAACUUCAAGAGACUAAAUUUGAAAAAUCACCGGGUGCCUGAAGUUGAUAGUGACAUUGACGUUGACAAUGAAAAUGUCAAUGAUCCUUCCUUGGAAAUUUUUGCCCCGUAUCUUGAACAUUUGGAGAUUUCAGGAAACCUUGAUAAUCUCAAGUGUAGGCUUGUGGAUGUGUCCUCCUUGGUUAAUGCUAGGCUUACUUUCUACAUUUCAUGUAUCAAGCACGUGAGACAUGAUCAUGGUGAUGAUAUUGGUGUUGACGAAUACAGUUGUCACGACUAUCAUCAAGGUUUUAGGAUCCUCAUCCAAGAUUAUCUUCAAAGUUGAGUUGUGCAACUGAGCUAACAUUCGGAUCAUGGUUCACUGAGGAUUAUUUUUAACUUUAUAAGUCCUUAAAUCUACUUGCUUGUAAUUUUUUGAUUGUUGGUCUAUUCUCGUGACUGUUGAUGAUAUAGAUAAAACAUCAAACCUCAUUAGUGCACGGCAUAGCUAUGUUGUAUGCAAGGUUUGUUAUCCAGCACACUUGGUGUUGUCAAGUUAUUGAAAUAACCUUAACUUUCUAAAAAUUUCUAACAGUUUUUGAUUUCUGGGAUAAAUUUUUUUGCACAGUUGCAGAGUGUAAACCUUUUGGGUGAAUUUCUCUAAAGCAACUGGACUAAUUACGGAAACUUGUGUAAAGUUGUGUCUUUAUGCAAUCCUUUUGUCAGCAUUUGGAAAUUAGGUCCCGUGCAUGUUGCAGUUCAAAGGAUUGCCGGUUCCAGAGUUGAAAUGUAAAUAUCUAACGCUAGAAUUGAAUAUGGAAAACUUUGAUUUGUAUGGAGCAGCUGGUCUUUUUGGAGCCUUGCCUUAUGUGGAGACUUUAAACAUAGACAUGACAGAAAAUCACCUACUUCUGCGACCUUGAGGAAGACAAUACUCAUCUGGGGAGUUGGAUUUCAAACUACAAUACUAAUAUGUGGAGUUGGAUUUCAAGCUUUAUGUUUCCCAACCUCAAGAAUGUUAAGAUUGCCAAUUCCUUCCAGGUGUGUUUGAUGAUGAGUAGUUCCGUAUGGAGCUUUGAUAGUCCAGAAAGAAUAUGGGGCUUUGACAUGCUUGUUGAACUUUCAAAACUUCUGUUAAAGAAUGCUACAAUUCUGGAGAAGUUCGUUAUCAUAUCAAAGAGAAGAAAGUGCAAGGAAUGUUUGACGAACUGCGAGUCCAAUUUCUUCUCUCGAUUAGCUAAGCAGUUGUUGGAUUUCCCAAGAUCCUCCAGUGAGCUUUCCAUGACUAGACUAUAAAUUGAUAAGCUUCCCAUGCAAUCGUCACUCUUUAACUUCUCUAUGUAAUCCUGCUCUUUUGAAUUUACCCUUAUGGCACACCAAUUGUUCUGGUUGCUUAGUUUCUCAUGAAGCUUUUGUUCAUUGCAUUUUAGAUA